GUCGUGUCAAUCGUAGUCUAUAUGGAGAUCAGUAACAAGCCACUGUCGACUACGCCACAUACCUCGCCUCAUUCUGCCGGUAUAAAUAUACACAUUCCAAAUGCGACCCCGUACAUAUGAUGGAUCUCCCAUGGAUAUCAGGAUCGCCCGGGGAUUGUCUCCGGACUCUCCCUUGUAGCUUUACUUGCCAAACCGGGAACCAGUGCAGCCGGAAUCGCGGCCAGGCAUCCGUCUGCUACACCCGCUGCGUGGAGUACACCUUAUUUCUCGAUCCGUGCCUUGGAUCCAUUCCCCGUCCUGGUGUUGUGCAGCAAUGUGGUCCCCCGGAUGGCCGUGGCGGGUCGUGGUGAGGAGUCCAAACCGAUCCCCAGUGCAAACACGACGCAUCUCGAUGGCAUGAGAGCCAAUAACGGAGGAGCGGUGAAUCACCGCUGUUUGAAGGUAGGAUUAACUGUUGACAGUCCCUGCAGACGCCAUCCAGCAGGUUGCAAGGUGGACGGGAUCGAGUCGCACUGCUUCCCGGAGCAGGUCGCGGUUACUUUGCACCACCAUGGAGGGGUUGAUUUACCACGUAAGCUGUCGCAUGCCUUGCAUGAGGAGCUGUGGGUGGAUGGAAAUGCAGGAGGGUAUCCGGGAUCAUGGGACAACGCGAGCAGGGAAACUGGCUCCAAUCAGUCGAUAGAUCGCCUCGAUCGGAAUCGAUGUCCGUCUGGAAUGUUUUGGCUGCAGACGCGGAUGUGUCUCGGUGGGGAUGGAAGUAGGUGUACCCCAUAUGGAGUCCCGGAGUACUUUCUGCCCUUGGGGAAUGUAUGUAGGCGCUCCAUCAAUGACGCGAGGUGUGCAGAGAACGGUCCCAGCUGGGGUGGAAUGCACAUGUGCAGAGGUAUGGAGUAGGGGCGGGUUCGUCGUCAUCGUCAUCAUCAUCAUCAUCCUUCUCCUCCUCCUCCUCAUCAACACGAUGCACCAGUCAGAGAGACUGGAUGUAUCAUCAGGGCGGUCAAAUGUACCCAGUACUUUACGUGCAUCCACCC